CUAGAUUGAAAACGUGCCUAGUUCUUUGAAUGAAUGUAGGCUAUUGGUUCCUAAAAUUCAUGCGAAGGACGAUCCGUUACGCUGCAUCCCUUUAAUAAAGACAAUUUAAAAGAAAACAAACGUAUACUGUCAAAAUGUUGUAACUUCCAUUAACACAGAACUGCCGAGAAAUGUCAAAACAGUUGAACGCGGAGGUUUGAACAUACAGUAACUUGAAUCUGAUUUUGACACUUUCAACUUUGGAGUAAAGUAUUUUUUUUCCUUAUUUCUGACCCUAAAAAUCGUGUGUAGCGUCCAGACGUACCAGUGAGAUGUGAAAUGACCAGCAGAGAGCUUUGGACGAUCUUGUUGGGAAGAUCGGCUUUGAGGGAACCGGCCCAGAUUGAAGCAGAGCUUGACAGAAACUGGGAGCGGUUGCUAUCAGGAUUAUGUUACUACAAACCACCUAGUUCAUCGGCUGCAGAAAAACUGAAGUCAGAUAAAGAAGUUGCCCAGCCACUGAAAGACUUUGGUCUCAGAAUCAGUAAAUUAUUGGGCCUUGAUGAACAGCAGAGUGUCCAGGUGUUGCAGUGUUACUUGCAGGAAGACUACAGAGGCACCAGGGAUGCCUUAAAGUCUGUCCUGCAAGAUGAGCGGCAGAGCCAAGCACUGCUGUUAAAGAUUGCUGACUAUUAUUAUGAGGAGAGGAUCUGCCUUUUGCGCUGUGUCCUGCUGCUCCUGACAUACUUUCAAGAUGAGAGACAUCCAUACAGGAGUGAGUAUGCAAACUGUGUGAACAAGCUGGAGAAAGACCUGGUAUCAAACUACAGACAACAGUUUGAAGACCUGUUUAAAGCUGAGGCUCCGACAUGGGAAACGCAUGGCAAUCUCAUGACAGAGAGGCAGGUUUCCCGUUGGUUUCUGCAGUGUCUGAGGGAACAGGUUCUGUUGUUGGAGAUUAUUUUCCUGUACUAUGCCUACUUUGAAAUGGCACCCAAUGACCUUCUUGCAUUCACCAAGAUAUUCAAAGAGCAAGGAUUUGGACGCAGACAGACCAACAGACAUCUAGUGGACAAGAAUAUGGAUGCUCUGGUGGAUCGUAUUGGGUACUUCAGUUCUCUUAUCCUGGUGGAAGGAAUGGACAUUGAUUUUCUACACAAGUGUGCCAUUGAGGACAGGACAGAACAACACCAGUUUUCAAACACUCCUGAACUUAACAAGGAAAUGGACCAGAUUUUCCUGACCUUUGGUGAUAUUUCCCAUCAUGCCCCAGUGCUGUUGGCGUGGGUGCUGCUCCGCCACACGCUCAGCCCUGAAGACUCCAGUCCUGUGAUCAGGAGGAUAGGCAACACUUCCCUGCAGCUGGGCGUCUUCCAGUACCUCACCCACAUGCUCCGAGCCCUGGGCAGCAGUGGUAAUAAUUGCACUGCCAGUACAGCACGGAUGUGUAUCUAUGGGCUUAUUUCCUUUGUGAUUACAUCUUUUGAGGAAGAAACGCUUGGAAGUCAGCAGCAUUUGAUUGAUGCUGCCUGUGAAGUCCUUGCUGCUCCAAGCCUCGCUGAACUUUUCUGGGAAACGAAGCCAAACAUGGGUCUUGGAAUGAUCUUGGACAGUGCCGUAGGGAUGUUCCCCCAGAAAAUUAGCCCUCUUCUUCAAAUUCUUACUGCCUUGCUGUCAGACAAAUCCACUGCAAAGAAGGUUUACAGUUUUCUGGACAAGAUGUCCUUUUACACAGAGGUGUAUAAACACAAGCCAAAUGAUAUUCUGUCACGGGAAGAUGAGACCCUGUGGAGAAGACAGACUCCAAAACUCCUCUAUCCUCUAGGCUUGGGUCAGACUAAUCUGCGCAUGCCUCAGGGCACUCUGGGCCAGGUGAUACCAGGGGAGGAGGGCUACAUGGUGCGUUGGGACUAUUCCUACAGCUCGUGGACCCUCUUUACCUGCGAGAUCGAGAUGCUGCUACAUGUUGUCUCCACUGCAGAUGUCAUCCAGCACUGUAAGAGGGUCAAACCAAUCCUUGACCUGGUCCAUAAAGUUAUCAGCACAGACUGGUCGAUUUCUGAUUGCCUGCUUCCAAUCACAUCCCGUAUUUACAUGUUACUUCAGAGACUGACGUCCGUUAUAAACCCUCCUAUAGAUGUAAUUGCUUCCUGUGUGAAUUGCUUGACAGUGCUUGCUACAAGAAUGCCUUCUAAGGUUUGGUCUGCCUUGCAUCACACGGGCUUUCUGCCUUUUGCCUCAACCCCCUUGAGCACAAUGGCACAGUCCAUCAGUGCGGAAGGCAUGAAGGCUGGGAACUACGGUAACCUUCUCAUUCUGAUCGAGCAGCCCCACGGGGAGUAUGCAGUGACCAUCGCCUUUCUUCGCUUGGUGACCACACUGGUCAAGGGGCAGUUAGGCAGUACUCAAAACAAAGGCCUUAUUCCCUGCGUGCUGCUAGUUCUGAAGGAGAUGUUGCCUACUUACCACAAGUGGCGUUACAACACGUAUGGUGUGAGAGAGAGAAUCGGCUGCCUGAUUUUAGAGCUGAUUCAUGCCAUCCUAAAUCUCAGCCCGGAAGGAGAAUCCCAAGGAAGUGUCCCAAAUCUGCAGUCCCUGUGCAUAUAUAGCCUUGCUAAUACGGAAGCAGGGCAGGCUGUUGUCAGUAUCAUGGGGAUCGGUGUAGAUACCAUUGAUGUGGUCAUGGCAGCUCAACCUAGCAGUGGCAGUUCAGAAGGCCCUGGCCAGAUGCUGAUUCAGACUGUGAAGCUGGCCUUUUCUGUCACCAACAAUGUCAUUCGCCUGAAACCUCCCUCUGAUGUUGUUUCCCCCUUGGAGCAGGCUCUAACCCAGCAUGGUGGCCAUGGGAAUAAUCUGAUUGCGAUUUUGGCUAAAUAUAUCUACCAUAAACAUGAUCCUGCACUGCCUCGUUUGUCUAUCCAGCUUCUGAAAAGAUUGGCUACGGUGGCUCCCAUGUCCGUGUAUGCCUGUCUGGGCAGUGAUGCAGCCGCCAUACGGGACACCUUCUUGACGCGCCUGCAGAGCAAGACCGAGGACAUGAGGAUCAAAGUCAUGAUCCUUGAGUUCCUGACAGUAGCUGUGGAAACACAGCCAGGUCUGAUAGAGCUCUUCCUCAACCUGGAAGUGAAGAAUGGAGCAGAAGGAUCAAAGGAGUUUCUGCUGGGGGAGUGGAGCUGCUUGCAGGUGGUGCUGGAUCUGAUCGACUCGGAGCAGCAGGGCAAGUACUGGUGCCCCCCCCUGCUGCACCGCGCCGCCCUGGCCUUCCUCCAUGCGCUGUGGCAGGACCGCAGAGACAGUGCCAUGUCUGUGCUGAGGGCCAAGGAAAAGUUUUGGGAGAAUUUGACAACACCUCUGUUUGGAACCCUACCUAAUCCCUCUGAUACGACUGAGCCUUGUAUCCUUGAAACAUGUGCCUUGGUUAUGAAAAUUAUUUGUCUGGAAAUCUACUAUGUCGUCAGAGGCUCCCUGGAGCAGCCAUUGAAAGAUAUGCUGAAGAAGCUGUCCAGUAAUAAACGAUAUGAGUAUUGGUCUAAUUAUGUGAAAUCACUGGUGUGUCACAUGGCUGAAAUGGAGGAGGAUGGGAUCCGAUCUUUCACUGAGUGCCAAAUGUUAGUUUCUGCCUGGAGGAUGGUGCUCAUCCUUUCCACCAGCCAUUCUGAUGUAAUGCAGUUAACAGAGGACAGUACUCGGCUGAAGUUGUUCAUGGAUGUCUUGGAUGGAACCAAAGCCGUUUUGUUAGUUCCUACAUCUGUUCCCUGCUUGCGUUUGGGGUCGAUGCUCGCCACACUGCUACUGAUUCUGCUCAAACAGUGGAAGAGUGUGAUAGAAUCGGCUCCUCCAAUCCUUCCGCCACUGGCGUUGAUAUUAGAGAGCAUCUUACAGGCAGACCGGCAGCUGAUGGAGAGGACCAAGGCAAAAGUGUUUUCUGCGCUCAUUUCUGUGCUGCAGAUCCAGGAGCUCAACGGCAGUCAGGUGCCCCAGCUGCCCCAGCUCCUGCAGUGUGUGUGCGAGACGAUGCAGGAGGAGGCCCUGGCCCUGAUGGACAGCACAAGGCACAUGGCCCUGACCGGGGACAGCACCGCUGACGACAAGGACAGCAUGGAGACGGAUGCCGUGCCCAGGGCUCUGCACAAAGACCAGAAGGAUGGGGUGUGUGUGCUGGCUUUACAUCUAGCCAAGGAGCUCUGUAAAGUAGAUGAGGGUGGAGAUCACUGGCUGGAGGUGAUGCGCAAAAUUCCUGUGCUGCCCUCCAUCCUCAGUGCGCUGGAGCUGAGCCUGCGAGUGAAACAGAACCUGUACUUCACUGAAGCUGCCCUCCACCUGCUGCUCAUACUGGCCCGAACACAGCAGGGUGCUUCAGCAGUGGCAGGGGCUGGAGUCAUCCAGAGUAUUUGCUUACCUCUACUCAGUGUCUAUGAAAUCACCAACGGCGGCUCACAGGGCUCUGGUUUCUCCCGGAAGUCUCAGGAUGUCCCCUCCUGGCCAGGGGUGUACCGGCUCUCCAUGUCUCUGAUGGAGAGCCUGCUGAAGACGCUGCGCUAUAACUUCCUUAACGAGGCCCUGGAUUUUGUUGGCGUCCAUCAGGAGCGAAUCCUGCAGUGCCUGAAUGCUGUGCGGACAGUGCAGAGUUUAGCAUGCCUUGAUGAAGCGGACCAUACAGUGGGAUUCCUGCUGCAGCUCUCCAACUUCUGCAAGGAAUGGCAGUUCCACCUCCCCCAGCUGCUGCGGGACGUCCAGGUGAAUCUCUGUUAUUUGUGCCAGACAUGUACUUACCUUCUUCACAGCAAGAAGAUGCUCCAUCACUACCUCCAGGCGAAAAAUGGGGACGCAAUGCCACCCGGCCAUCUCCCCAGGCCCCAGCGCGCCCCCCAGACCCCCUCGAAGCAGCUGAGCUCCGAGAGGGAGGAGGCCGAGCAGAAAGCGCUGCUGGCGGUGCAGUACACCCUCCUUAGGAUCCUCAGCAAGACCCUGGCUGCUCUGCGCUACUUCACUCCAGACUUCUGCCAGAUACUGCUGGAUCAGUCUUUGGACCUGGCUGAAUAUAAUAUUCUGUUUGUCCUGAGCUUCACCACACCUGCAUUUGACUCAGAUGUAGCGCCCUCUUUUGGAACUCUGCUGGCCACCAUUAAUGUGGCUUUGAGCAUGCUGGGAGAGGUAGAGAAGAGGAAAGAGCCAGCAUCCUUGAGCGUUGGAUCAUUAGCAUCUUCUGAGGAAACACAAGCUCUCAGAUCCCUGCUGAUAUUCACUAUGGAGAAUUGUUUUUAUGUGUUAAUCUCGCAAGCUGUGCGCUACCUUAAAGAUCCUGCGGUCCACCUUCGAGACAAACAGAGAAUGAAACAGGAACUGAGCUCAGAGCUGAGCACCUUGCUUUCCAGUCUCUCCCGUUACUUUCGACGAGGGUCUCCCUCUUCGCCAGCGGGGGGGCUACUCCCUUCCCCUCAGAGCAAGCCUACCACUCCAGGGGCCAAACCCGGCCUGGAAGUCCAGGAGCCCCUCAUCCAGCUCGUACAGGCCUUCGUCAGGCACGUCCAGAGAUAGGCCGCACCCCCUCGCCACAGGCAGCCUUUCUCUUCGAUGUGUAAUUAUUUCGCCCCAGUGCUCAGGAAGUACUAACUCCCAGCAUCAGCAGAGGACUGCAGGAUUUGAAUCCGACAUUCUGACACAUGGCUCUUCGGAUGUAACAGUAUUUUUGUAGAGAAAUAACAGGAAGCAUAUUUUUCAUCAGAAACAAGUGAAAAGUGAAAACCCUUUGCUCUUUUUUUCUAAUUCUUUAUUGUCGUAGUGUAAUCAAGUACUAAAUGACUUACUGUCCAGCUAUUGGGUUGGGUUACUUUUCCCUUCCUAAAGGACAACAUUAAAAUAUUGGUAAGAACAUAUUUUUCUUUUAUAUUAGAUGUUUCUUCUUCUAAAAACCUAUCAGAGGUACAUGUUUUUCUUGGCAAAAUAUACGUUAUAUGACAGAUACAAAAAAAAACUUAAAUUUGGUCCCUGUUAUUUCUUCUCAUCCAGGAGAGUAAUGUCCGUUUUGUUUCUUUAAAGCAAAAUCAUCCACACUUUUCAUUUUUAGGAUUUAUGUAUCCGGACAUUUUCUAGACUAAGAUGAGGACAAACAAAAAUUAAAACAAACUUCUUUGUGAUCAUAUGCAGCUGUGCUGUCAUGGCAAGAUUAUUUUUAUAAAAAUGUAUUUGUACUCUGGUAAACGCUGUAGGAUGUGUGGAGAGAAUGGUUGGGUUUAUUCUUGUACGAUCCACUGCAAUCUGUCACAUACUCAGGGCUUGUAAAACUGUAGUAUGUCGUAUUUGGUAUUUGCGACGAAAACCUAUAAAAACUAUAAUUAAUGUACAAAAGCUUUAGAUCUGCUGUUAAGUAAGCAAAGUAUUCUGUUUAAAAUCUGUCAGUAGUGCUGCACACUGGUGUUACAUGUAAUUCAUUCCUUUGGGUAUGGUUGUUUUAACACUGCUGCAUUACCAUUUAAUAUUAUCCAAAAUGUCAUUUAAACCUGGAAUGGUGUAUACCAAAAAGCAAAGAAACAUGCCACCUGUUGUCUAAAGAGAAGAGAUCAGUUUAAUCGGUUGCCUUCAGUAAGUUCAUCAUAGCUGGUGAGCUAGGUUUGUGUUUUCACAGGUUCGGUUAGUUUUGUCAGCUCUUGAUUUGCAGUGAUUUAGUUUGGUUCUAUGGGCAUGUCAGGUGGUUCCUUGAGUUUAUCACCACAAAUAGGGUGCUAUUUCUGGUUUAUUCUUUAUUCAAAUCAAGAAAAAUCAGUUAACCUUGACAUUCUAAUCAUUACCAUUCAGGUGCUUAAUUUUAUUUAGCACCGUGGAACGCAUUAAGGAAUAUGGAUGUGGCUCAUGUGAAGGAAAAAAUGUGUGUCAUUUGACAGUAUACCUUGGCCUGACUUUUAUCACACGAUUUUAUCACAUCGUAUGAAAAAAAUAUUGAAGUGGCAAGAUUUAUUGCAGGGCAUAUAUUGUUUUUUAAAAAAAAAAUGCAAAAGUUUUUGGAUGAUUGUGUCCUCAAAAAUAAGACUUUGCUGUCUCUCUCUCUGGAUCACAGAAAUAUUUUGUGAAGUUACUAAAUUUUAUUAAAAUAUUUACUAACAUAAUUAUGAUUGUCCAGUCAUCAGAUGUUUUCAGAGUGGUAAGUUGAGCCAGGUUUUUUAUGGGAAUGCAAUUAGAGUACCAUGUCAGAAAUUACUGUUGUUUUUCAUUUAUUUUAUUUCUUAACUUUGAAUGAAUCUGCACACCUGCAGAUUCAAAACUCCACAGAGGGCCUAACAUGAGGGCAUUGUUGACACCACCUGCAUGCCUGUGGUAUACUGCCUUCUCAAAACCAGGUUUCAAUUCAUUACAUCCACCUAGUUUUAUAGGUAUGGUUUUGUUUAGGGGCUAUCAAUGUAUAUAUUAAAAUGGUUAAUAACAUACAUUUUAUCACUAUGUUCUUAAAUAACAGAAACUGGAUUACAGUUAAGCUUAAAUGCAAGUUAUUAACCAUGUGUAAGUUGGUCACGUAUGUGUUGUUAAAUGUAACCAAG